AUGGAGCCCAAGUAUAUUCGAACCAUUUUCAAGUUCUUAUUAUACUUCAUUCUACUUCUCAUUAAUAAUGUUUAUGAGUUCUUUGUCAGAAUAUUUUGUGGUCAUAUCCCAACAGGGAAGGUGCGACUGAGAAAAGUUCUCCUUCGAUACAAGUUCGAUCUUGAAGAACUAUCUCGAACUGAAGACUUCCUAUUGAGUCCUGGAAUUUUCGUCGAACCGGCUAGCUUAGAUCAUCCUAACUGGCAUAUCUAUUGUAUCGAUGAGAACUUGGUCACUUUUGUCUAUUUAAAGUCAUCUAUCGACAAAUACAGUAUCGUCCAUUAUCCGUUUAUGUUUGUACCUGUGCAUACUGACGCGAUUCAAGUGGCACAACUUAGCCAUGACGACUUUAUCAAAUUGGCAAAUACUUUCGAACAGAAGUCUCAGCCGAAAACCGUUCUUUUCACCAACACAGCAAGAUGUGGCUCAACACUGAUGGCGAAAAUGCUUCAUCGUCCCGGUAAGUCGAUAUGCUAUGGAGAGCCUCAUUGCCUUACCAACCUCGCAAUCAUGGACAACGCGGAAUCGCUAUCACCUGAGAGAAUGAAAUCAGUUCAUACACCCAAAAACGAAAUUUGUGUCUUGAAAACAACUUCUGGCGAAGCUAGACUGGUCAAAUACUGUGACGACGUUCCAAACCUCAAGCACAUGUUUAUGUUCCGAAAAUCGGGUUUGUUGUCAGUUGAGAGAAUGUUACGAAGAGAGGAAACUAUCUGCUUUUACUUUCUUCAUCUUUUCAAUUUGAACCACCAUCUCACGCGUUUUGUUGGUAAUGUAGUUUGCAUGGAAAGAGAGCAAAUGCUCAAGUGUCGCCCAAAGACGAUCAAGGUUAUUUCCUCUUGUAAACGCUUCGACAAUGGUGGUUUAGGAGCUUGCGGCUUUAAUAUACGCUUCACCGUUGGCAUUCUAUCAGAAAAACGCUGA